CCAAAAACCCCUAUUUCGGCCACUGUUACCGACUCUUCGCAGCCAUCGCCUCCAGUGCUCUGUCGAUAGCUGUCCGCAACACAAACCAUCAUGGCUUGGCGCAGCGGAACUUCUUCCUUCUCGCGCUCCUUGAUGUCUGCCGCCAGGGCGCCAUCUGUGCGUUCCUCUUCAGCUCCGCUUCCCCGCCUCCGCCCGUCGACCGCCUCCGCUCCCCGCGUUCAGUCGCGCCGGGUCUCCUUCUCUCCAUCCAGGAACUUGGGAGAGUUGGGAUGUGUCCAGUCUUUCUUGCCACUGUACAGCAUGGUUGCCAAGACCCACCUUGCUUCUCAUCUCAAUGCUAAUUUGCGGGCUUUCUGCGAGCUGUCUCAUGGUACCGUCUGCCGUUCUUGUCAGGAUCGCUAGUAUUUUCUUUGUUUGAUGUAAGUUUUUGGUGCAUUCGGUUCAUAUGAAUAUUGGGAUUGGGAUUGAUAGGGAGGAAUGGAAAAGACGGGUGAUGCACGUGUGAACUUUCAAUCAACCAAAGGCACAGGAUUCAUGCAAUAACUGUACUUGAAUGGCCAUUGGUUCCGCACAACAAUUUAUUGGAGUAAGAAAUCAGAGAAGGUGGGAUGAUGUUCUUGUGGGGAACUUGGGCUGUUUCAGUACGGUCUCGAGCAUGGAUUCUGUCAAUAAAGAUGUCUUUUUUUCUUAUGCUACUUGCUAGAUAAACCAUUACAACAACUCCAAGCUUGCAUGACAAGUUAGCAUACAAUUUUUUUUAGGUCGUCUGUCAUUGUACAAUUGGACAAGUUAUUUGUAUCGUAAACUGUUUUAGAUUAUGGCAUUGAUUUUUGUCGCCGACUCGCUGAAGCCUGCAGGCAAAGUGUGCUUCUGUAUGUAGCAUGGCGGAGUGUGCUUAUGUGCUUGCAGGGAAACGGUACGGUACAUUUUCAUGGACCAUGGUGAGUGGGGAGCAGAAGUGAUUGAAAAGGCUAGGCGAAUGUUCGCCAUUGCUGCCCAUUUUGGGGAAGAACAGUUUCGUUGGUACUUCCAGGUGAUGGGAAAGGUGAAACUGCAUAUAUCACUGUCUGCUUGAUAAUGCAGUCCCCGAAAUUAGCACUCGAUAUAUCCAGCCUUCCUGCGGCCGUGCCGACGGGAAGAAAUGUUUGGUUUUG